AUGAUUAGUAAUAUCCCAACAGAAGUCAUCGACUGGAGCAUAUUGAAUGAAAUAAUAUCUAUGGAUGAAGAUGAUCCUGAGUUUUCCAAAAUGCUGAUAAGACAGUAUAUCGAACAAGUCACAACCACCUUCAACGAUAUUGGAAAUGAAUUGGAUACAACCAAAGAUUUAAACAAAUUGAAUUCAUUAGGUCAUUUCUUGAAAGGGUCCUCGGCAACUCUGGGUUUGCAAAGAAUUGCAUGGGUUUGCGAAAGAAUACAGAAUUUGGGCAAAAAAAGAUCUGCCGGUUUAGACGAGGGUACUGUUAAAGAUGACCAAUAUUAUUUGGAUUUGAUCAGAGAAGCUUUAAAGGAAGCUAAAGUUGAAUUCAUACUCGCGAAAAAGGAAUUGCACGAUUAUUACAAGACUGACUUUUAG